AUGAAAAUGACUUAUUUAUUUAUUUUGUGUACACUGGGUAUAUUUUAUCAUAAAAUAUUACAGAUCAAACAACAACAACAAAUGACGCGUAGUACAGAAGAAUCACAAGUGAGAGAGAGUCAUAAUGGUGUUUGUGCGAAUAGUAAACCAAUUUUAUCAAGACAAACUUCAUGGAAGCGACAUAAUUCCCAAAAUGAAAAAGAGAAUGAUAUCGACGAUAUAAGAAUAAAACGAGGAAGGAACACUACAUUUGAUUACAUUUCAUGUCCUCUCGCUCAUAUGGGUUGUCGAAGAGAUUUACAUCAGGAUCAUUUGCAAGAACAUUAUUUAACUGCACAACAUCAAGAAUGCGUAACAAAAUGUACUAUGUUAUGCCUAGAAAAAUUACACGUUGAACCAAAAGCUAUCUCUACUUUACUAAACAAUGACGAAAAGUAUUCACAAGUAAUGGAGUCUGUGAAUCUACUUGCUGAAGGAUUAUCCGUAUUAAACGACGAUAAUACGCAAAUACAUAGUAAUCAAAUACAAAUUCAAAAUUCUAUAUUAGAACAACAAAAUCAAAUAGAUCAAUUAAAAAAUUCAAUAGAAGAAAGUGUUAAAUUCUCCCAGGCUACUCAGAUAAAUAGCCGAGUUUUAGAAACUGACAUCGAAUCUAUAAAACAAAGAGUAUCAGAUUUAUCAAGUCCAGCAACUAAUGAUGGAACUUUUAUUUGGAAAAUAACAGAUGUUGCGGAAAAGAUGAAUGAUUCAAUUUCUGAAAAGCAAACAAGCAUUUAUUCACCACCAUUUUAUACAUCACCCAAUGGCUAUAAGAUGUGUAUGCGGUUAUAUUUCAAUGGCGAUGGACAAGCGCGAAAAAGUCAUCUUUCUAUUUUUUUCGUUCUUCUGCGAGGAGACUACGAUGCUAUAUUAUCAUGGCCUUUUUGUUUUAAAAUAACAUUUUGUCUAUACGAUCAAACAAACAAUCAAAAUCAUAUUAUUGAUUCAUUUCGACCUGAUAUUAAAUCAAAUAGUUUUCAACGACCGAGAUCAAAUAUGAAUAUUGCAUCUGGCUUACCAAAGUUUUGUCCUUUAACAAUGAUUCAAACAAGUAAUAAUCCGUACGUACGAGAUGAUUGUAUGUUCAUCCGAUGCAUGAUUGAGUUCGAAUCAUUAUCAAAACUAGCUAUUCGUCAAAUAUGCAAAAUAAAUGUGGCUCUACCGAAAACAAUUCAACAAAAAUUGAUUCAAGAAGAAAUUGAACGAGUUAAUACUCCACAAACAUCAGUAUCAAUUGGAGAGAACAUGGUAACGAGCAACGAAAAACUAAAUGUAUCUUGA